CGUGUUCACCAUCCCGAAAAAUGACGAGACGAUGAAUUUCGGCCAUUUCACUUCGACUAGCAGGUCGAGCCUUCAACGACUUCAUCACUUUUGCUCUUUAGAAUAAGAUAAAAGAACCUACAAUUAUGAGCAGCGACGAAGACGACUCAGUAUUUACCGAAGACAUGGACUACCGCGCAGUCUACCUGGGAUGGAAUGAUGAGCUCGCCCAUAAAGAGGAUGAUGACGACGAGAUGGGAAUGUUCGAUGAAGCGUUCAACGAAACCAUCGACAGGGAAACACACCUACAAAAUGUGCGCAAGGUUACUUCUCUGCUCCAGAAUUCGUCUAAAUUUCCGGCACCUGUCCGCCGCCAGAUAAAGCAUUCCCUAAAAUCAUUCCUCUUUCAAGUGGAAGAAUCACUCCGAAUGUGCCUCGAUUUCAAUGUGGAGGACGAAAUGAUGCAUAACUACGGAGGCAGGGUCGAUCACUUAUACKYGGAUACGGACGUACAGGACGAGGAUAGCAACGAAAUGUGGACGGAGGAUCAACUCACGACCGCCAUUGACUACUUCCCGCGUGUUCUGAAGAUAAGGAGGCCMAGCAACCUUGAUGAAAUGCCGAAGACACCAAUCCUGGCCGCUUGCGGAUAUCUAGAUACAAUUUCCGGAUUCCCUGUCCCACAUCAGAUGAAGAGAUCKGACUCACCAUUACCAGUUUCCUUUGUMCCUCUGCUGGCAAAGUUGGCAAUCAAACACAAGACCUUUGACGAGACCUUGCGGGGAGGACUUUUGACAAAUCAGUCUUCCGAUCGACUUUUUGUACUGCGCCACUUGGUGAGGUGUGGAGUGAACUGCCUUCCAAAUCGCAAUCCAGAUCUCACUCCAAACAUUGACCAUGAGYMCGACGAGGAUGACUUCUUCGAGCCCGCAGACUACGACUUAGUUAUCAACACCGAGAAAAGUUAUCUGAAUGUUCUCAAACAACUGCGAGAAAUGAAUCUAUUCCGUAAAGAAGACAUCCAAGAAUUCGAUCUCUUAAGGGAUUCGUUAAUGUGCAACGAACCGAACUUGCUCGAGAUGAACUUUUCCAUUUUWAAAUAUUUGGUGAAAUGGGAUCCAGAGGCACUGAAGCAUUCUCUCCACUCAGAACAUCCUGUCCUGCACCGAUGYAUUCACAACGAGCAUAUUGUUUUACUGGGCUUGGAGGAGGAUCCGAGGUUCGAAGCGGCGCUCCAUGCAGGAUUACGCUAUUUUCCACAAGAGAUCGGCUUUUAUUUUCACACCACAACAUUCAACAAUUGCUAUGGAUAUCCCUACCGGGAAAAUCCCCAUCACUUCGGAUACAAUUUAGAGGAUCUGCAGGAAAAGUUGAAAGAAAUACAACGCAAGAGGAGCAAAAAGAGAGAAGCAGGAAAAUGUAAAUUKUCCUUGCCGUCAAGAGAAACCCUGCUGUCGGCUGCGACAGACGAUGCGAUCCACCUGGACAGUCUCUAUGAGCAAUUGUGUCACGACCCCGYAUUGAUUAGAAUACUACAGGAAACGACCAUGGAGGAGUGGGCCCAUUAUGUUGACAACCAAACUUUUUGCACUGGCAAGGGCAGCAGCAAUGGCACGAGCGASAAGGAAGAGGCACCGAAUGGCAACAAUCGAUGCGUGAAGCAUACGGGAGAGGACCCACAGAGCAUGGCGCGGAACGAGGAAGAAGCUACGACAACRAAGRGGGAAGCCGAACCGGGGCCAAAAAGGCAGAAGACRCUUAUAGAAUKUUGGCAGCGGCCUUGACAACAGCGCCUUUUGGAUUGGACAGAUACAAUCCUUUGCCACUCACUAUACUAAUCGUCAUUCGAAUGAGUGUUUUUAAAUGUAGAUUGAUUUUGGASCGAAGUACAYGAAGUGUGUACACUUGUUUCUCUUCAGAARUUGACGUCAGUACAUACACMGUUCAUACGAUGAAGWGUCAYUGGAGACUAAAUUGAUAUGUGCUGA